GGAUUUAGGAUCCGGCCAACCACGUGCAUGGGGCAGGCGAGCCCCCCAUCCCAUCGAUUUUUCACAAUUUUAUUCACCUCCGCCACCUCUCCCCUUGUGAGCCUCCCCUCCGCAUGCUCGUCGAGGAAAUCCGAGACGUCCUCGGUGAGCUGGAGCAUGGUGUCGUACAUGCGGCCCAUCAUGCCCUUUGCCGUGGCAUCGGUGGCUCGCAUGACGAUGAAGGGUUUCUCCAGCAGCUUGAUGAAAAACUCCGCCAGCUGCCACCACAAGGCGUCCAUCACUUGUGCCUUGAACAUCUCACCACCCACCUUCCUCCCCCCCACCGCCCACCCUCUCCACUCCUCGCUCAGGACCAUCUGAACAAGGCUGAGCCGAACGUCGCACUGUCG